AUGGAAUGGAUACCAUAUUCUCGAAUUAAAAAUUUAAAAGAGAUAGCACAAGGUGGAUUUAGUUCUAUAUAUAGGGCAACUUGGUUGGAUGGAGGAAUAAAUGGAGCAGAAUAUUCUUCUUGUUAUAGAAUGGAAAAUGAAACGAUCGUUAUCAAAAAAUUUUUUAAUUCACAGCAUAUUAAUAAAUAUCUUUUAAACGAGGUAAAAUCAUGUCAUAAAUGUUAUGAAUUUGAACGCGUAAUUAGGUGUUAUGGAAUUACAAAAAAUCCUGAAAAUGAAUAUAUACUCGAAACGAUUCAUAAUGCAAACUUUAUACACCGGGAUUUUCAUAGCGGAAAUAUAUUAUUAGUUAAAUCAUAUCGAAAGUGGAAAACUGGACAAUGGAUAAUUGGAGAUUUAGGAUUAUCACAGCCCGUACAAUCUGUAAAUAAUAUUUCGUCAAAUGAUACAAUAUAUGGAGUGAUGGCUUAUCUCGCACCAGAAAUACUUAAAAGUAAUAGUUUUUCAAAAUCAACAACAUCAUCUGAUGUAUAUAGCAUGAGCAUGAUUAUGUGGGAAAUUACAACGGGUUGUAAACCUUUUUCCAACCUUAAACAUGAUGUCCAAUUCGCUCUUAAAGUUAUUGAUGGAGUGCGGCCUAAAAUUACAGACGAUACUCCUGAAUGUUUUGCCAAUUUAAUGAAAAGAUGUUGGGAUGCCGAUCCAUCAAAAAGACCUUCAAUAACAGAAAUUCGUGAAACUUUUAGUCUCUGGUAUAAUGAAGAAGCUGUAGAAUUUGAUGAAGCUGAAAAAGCAAGAAAUAAAUUAAUUGAAUCAAGGAAAUUAAAUCCUAAUUCUACAGAAACAUCUCAUUCAAAUACAAUUGUUGUGAUCGGAAUCUCUAAAUCAUCUUCUAGUAAAUCAACUUCAGCGGAUUCAUUUGGCAUAAAACAAGAAUAUAUUACAAAGGAAUACAGAUUUGAUAUAAAUGAUGUUCAAUGCCCGAAUUUAAGUUCUACACUUCAUAGUUUUACGAACACCCAACAUCCAGCAACCAUAGAAAAAGAAAUUAGAAAUGAUUUUACACAACAUCCAAGAAAACGGGUUAACGAAUUAAAUACUGAGACUCAAUACAGAAAACAUGUUAAGACUGGGGAUGCAGAACUGGAGAGUUAA